AUGUUCGGAAGCUUCCUCCACUCGACCACCAAAAACCAGCGGAGAUUGAUGAUGGCCAUUACCAACUCAGAACCACCACCCCACCACCAGCCGAUCCCAUCCUCAUCCGCAAAUAACAACUCGACAACCAAUGCGCUCUCGUUGAGGAUCUCUAAGGUCAUCGCCACCAGCCAAUUCGAUGACCCUAACAUCCGCGAAGCACUCGACACCCUCAACUCACUCACCUUCCAAAGCAACCACACUGACAACCUUGGUUCAAAAGUUAAUAACGACAUCGAUUGUCUCGAGUCACUGAAGAAGGGCGGCCUGAGGAGAAUCGUCGAACAGCGUAUCAGAAGUCGCUCCAGAGAAUUCUUGAACGUCUUCUCCGAACUGAAUGAUGACUUGGUCGAUCUACAAUCUCAUCUCGAUCAAAUCCACGAAUGUUAUGAUGAAAUCCAAGAGAAUUUAAAGACCGCUAAUUCGGCUACUAAAUAUUUACUCGAACAUGCCAAUGGGUUGCGGAAAGAAGAUGAAGCAGUCACCGCCAAACAACUUAUUGUGAAGGCGUUUCUAGAGAAAUUUACGCUCAAAGAGAACGAGAUCCAGGCGCUAACGAGUCGGGAAGUGACAGUGAACUGCAGCGUGUUCGAGGCGAUGGACCAUUGCGAACAAAUCCGAUCAGACUGUGCAAUCCUUUUGACUGGAGACUCUCAGUCUUCCAAGUCCGAGACCGCCGGCUUGGAUAUCAUGCAAGCUACUAGCAAGUACCUCGACAAGGGCUACGACAAAAUCCUCAGAUGGGCCCUUUUCGAAGCUCGUUCUGGGUUGAUCAAGCCCGAUGAAAUCCAGCCCGAAGUGAGCCCCUUGAUGAAGCGAGCCAUUAGUCGCUUGAAAUGCCGUCCAGAGUCACUCGAGGAGGUGAUUGCCACUUUAACUGCAGCCCGAUCAAGUUCCUUAUCGGGCUUAUUUCUGGAAGCGUUGACACGAGGGGGACCUUCAGGACUGCCCCGGCCGAUCGAGCUGAUAGCCCACGAUCCGAUCCGAUACGUUGGAGAUAUGCUUGCAUGGAUCCAUCAAGUGAUGGCCAGUGAGCACGAGUUUCUGGAGAGCCUAUUCGAUCUCAAGGCGGAUGGCAGACGGGUCGGGGAGUCGCGUAUCUUCCCAACCAACCCAUCGGCUGUUAAGACCGAGGAAAACCCGACAGGAAAACCCGGACAGCCGACUAGCAGUGAGCUCACAGUCACCGAGUCGAAGAAUACGGACGACCGGGAGAUGGCAAGAAAGUUGCUCGACAAACAUCUCGAAGGAUGUAUCCGUCCCUUGAAGAUGCGCGUUCAACAAACCGUUAACAGUCAAGAAGGUAGUCUCACUGCCUGUCAGUUAGCCAACCUUUUGGAAUUCUACCAGCUCACGAUGGCCAGUACGAUUGGGCCGGAUGCCAAGCUAACAAAUACCUUGAGCGAGCUUACAGAUCAAUCCUAUGAAGUAUUUUACCAGCUCCUGAAAUCGCUUUCGAGUGAUUAUCUAAGACGUUUAGAGCCACCGCCCGUGGACCUGUCCGUCCCAACGCCCCUGCACGAAGCCAUGUCAAACCUGGGCGUAAUCAUGUCGAUCUAUGAAGGCUCGGCGGACGAGAGCUCAUCCUCCUCCGAGCAUUCAUUCGAGCGCGUCUUAGACUUAGUCAUCGAUCCGAUGAUGGAGGUCAUCGAUAGGAUGGCUCGACUGAGAGCCUCGGAGUGGGACCGAUCGAUCUUCUGGCUGAACUGCUUGGAAUUUAUGCUUACUACUUUGGGCUCCUCCAAUUCAACUUCAACCGUAGACAAACUUGAGAGUCUCCGCCAAACCCACCUUGAAAAGUUGAUUCAACAGUACACUGCUCAUCUGACUAGUACCUCUGGCUUGGAACCUGUUUUGAAAGCAAUCGAGACCAAGGAUCAGGAUACCCCGCUCUCAAGGAUUGAAGAAGCAAACUCGAAAUCAAUCAGUGAAGCGUUAAAAAAGUUCGACAAAUUCCUGAUGAAUUUCGACACACUAUUAUCGUCGAACAAACUACUAAGUCUACUGAAUACGAGUAGCAUUAGUAAUUCGACCGGAGGAGGUUUGAACAAGAGAGGAACUAAGGAAGAAGAAAAGACGGAGGGAUCCCAGAACCUGAAAGAAGUGAUCCUGCGGAGAUCGUUGAACGAUUUGGUGGCCCGGUACCAGAUCAUCUACGAUAACGUGCUCGACGAUAGGAACCUUUUCGAGUUCAAAUCUACCAUCCUCAUUCGCUCGUUGGAUGAGGUUAAAACGCUCAUCGGAUUCUUGUGA